UCUGGACCUCUGAGGAGCCCAAACUUUCCAGUAGCACCAUCGGCAGCUGCUGCACCAGGGUUACCGGCACAGAACAAAGAACUCUCUUCCUCAGACUAUCUUUGCUGCUGAGCAAAACAUUCAGUGCAUUUCUCUCUGUCUUUUUUUUUUAUCUGCUUUUUUCGGUGCACCUCUUUUUGCAUUUCCAGUCCAAGGGCCCUCUGGUGUGAGAAAAACAAAAAAAAAACAAAGACAAGAAAAUGAUCAGUCUGCUAUGCAGCGCAUUACUUUCCCUCAGCCUGGCCAGCAGUGUGUACGGUGAUGUAGCCAACAGCACUGCUCAUCCAAUCACAGAGAGUGGACCUCCGCCGGACAUGGGCACUGGGGUGAGGGUGCUCGCCGCCCCCGGCGGCAACGUCACUCUGCCUUGCCAGCUCCACCGGAUGCUUGGCAUGGCCUUCGGCAGCACGGGCAUGAGGGUGAAGUGGACCAAGCUGUCGGACGACGAGAGCACGGAGGAGGACGUGCUGGUGUCCAUGGGCUUCCACAAGAAGAGCUACGGGAGCUACAACGGACGCAUCCGCCUGCAGGAGGCCGACCAGGACGACGCCUCGCUGGUCAUCGAAAACGUCGCCCGCGACGACAUGGGGAAAUACCGCUGCGAGGUCAUCGACGGCAUGGACGACACCGUUCAGGAUGUGACUUUGGAGGUGACGGGCCAAAGCAAUGGUGUGGUGUUCCCCUACUCUCCUCGCCUGGGCCGCUACAACCUCAACUUCCAUGACGCCGAGCAGGCCUGUCAGGGACAGGAUGCCGUGGUGGCCAACUUCGACCAGCUCUACGAGGCCUGGAGGAGCGGUCUGGACUGGUGCAACGCCGGCUGGCUGAACGACGGCUCCGUCCAGUACCCCAUCACCAACCCCAGAGAACCCUGCGGAGGCACCAACUCUGGGGCGGGCCUCAGGAACUACGGCCAGCGCGACAAGUCCAACAGCCGCUACGACGUCUUCUGUUUCACCUCAGCUCUCAACGGUUAUUUCUAUUGGUUGGUCCAACCCUUGAGGCUGUCCUUUGAUGAGGCCGUGCAGGCCUGCCAGGACGACGGCGCCGAGAUCGCCAAAGUGGGUCACAUGUUCGCCGCGUGGAAGCUGCACGGCUACGACCGCUGCGACUCCGGCUGGCUCGCCGACGGAAGCGUCCGCUACCCCAUCUCCAGACCCCGGAAGAACUGCAGUCCCACGGAGGCCGCCGUGCGCUUCGUGGGCUUCCCCGACAAGAAGCAGAAGCUCUACGGCGUGUACUGCUUCAAACACCAGCAGUGAGGGCGAGAGGCUCAGCAUCAGGCCGACGCAACCACCAAAGAGAAACAACAGUAAACAACAACAGCAAUAAAAGACAGCUACAUGUCAGGACUUAACUCGCAUGAACUAAGCAUGAGCUCAUUACCUUACCAAAACUGUGAUAACCUUUUUUUUUUGUUUUUAUUCUUACAAAAGAAUGAAUACUGUAAAAGCUAAUUUUCAUACUGCAACGAUCCUCGUAUAUUUUGUAGCUUUUCACCAUUCUCUGUAAUAGUCUAUCAAUGUUACACACAGUCCAUACAAAACACUGCACUUUGGUCCAACUUUGUGACAGAGACAGAAACGGGAUGAUUGUGAAACAGCAUCCGAGUUUGGUUUGUCUUCCAUAUAUAGAUUUGUGAAAGGGAGAACAUAUCUAGAGCAGGUGUCCUCCUGUGCAUAAGCUAAUAGAUAACAUUUGAAGUAAAAAAAAUAAAUAAAAAAAGGCAGUAACAUGCCAUUAUUCAAAUAAGACUAACACUUACACAGUUAAGUAAACACAACACUCUCAUAUUGUGUCUUUCACAAAGCAGUGUCAAAUAGGCUGGCAAUGCUGCACAUAAAAAUACAAAUAACUGGGUAAAGGUGUGUUCAACAUGAAGUUUUGGAAAGUUAAGAAAAGUUAUUUCUCCUCUCCCCUCUGGAUGUCACUUUUUGCCAGUUGUUUCUUCAUAUGGAUUUUACGACUUAAAACCCUCUGUUCCCCCACUACUCAAAACCCUGAAGGGUCCUGUUCCACAGCAUGAGCUGGGAUUCAAAUCUCUCCAAGUUUCUGUUCAGAGGUGAAAUGAAUGUUUGUUUCCAGGACUGUUAUCGGAUGAGGGGAUAAUCAGGUUUCACACAUCAUUUAACAAAUGUAACCCUUAGCGUUGCUUUUUUUUAACAAACAGUUUGUAUUUUCUAAUGUGUGUAUAUGUCAUUUUUUUCUCCUUUGUCUCGUUUGUCAUGGCAUAUUGUAUUUUUACUCUUUUUUAAUGUCUGUGUUACUAUUUCUCUUGACGAUACCAUAUCAUCCCUCACAUUAGCUUGUAUGUACAGUGUGUGAUAAAUUACGGUCUCAGAUAUACAUUUUUGGUUAUGUUUUUCAUGUCGCACAUACUCAUUCUCCUCAAACCCGACAUCAUCCCCAGACUCGCAUCCACAGCCAAGAGUAUAUUACGAUUGCAUCAGAAUUCAAUUUCAUCCUUGCUCGCCGUGAGGUAAUCGGACAUUUGCAAUUGGCAGCGGUAGCAGCCGUAUGUGUGUCACACUGCAAUGGCAGCCAACUUAAGAUCAACACCGAUCCAAACUCCUGCUCACGCCGAGUACAGUCAAUCCCACAAAGUUGCUUAGGUUACGAGGAGUCGCAAACACAAGGCACACAACGCCCUCACAGACACACAGUAAUGGUUUCAAGAUGACCAUUUUGUUGGUGACCCAACACAAUUUGGGGUAUCCUUCAAAGCACCUUUGAAGGACUCUAAAAAAGGGAAACUCAACUCAGAUUCUGUUCAGUCUUUGGUAUGAUUUUACUUCAUGUAACAAUUCAUUAAAUGUGGGGCUUGUCAUAGGCAUCCAUUCAGCAGAACAGAAUAAACCUUAGGAGGGGAUUUCACACGACCAAAUGUUCUAAUGAUUCGGAUCCUUAGGGGCCCAAUUUCUGAACUAGGGAUCAAUGGGCAGUAGCUAGUGGGAGCUUGAAGCUCAAAGUAACUGUGAGAAAGAUUGUAGAAAUUCAACUGGAACAGCUUCUCUGCAUCUCAAUUGUGCUAGAUCACUAGGGAGUAACCAACUAAGAAAGCCAGUACCGCCAGCCAACAAUGAUCUAUGCAGUGUAUAAUAUAACUGAAGAACUGAAUGUGUUUGUCUUGCUUUUCCUUUUUUUGGUUUGCAUUCAGCCCUCUCUCUCUCUUUGUCACGUCUGGUAACUACAGUAUAGUGUAAAGGUUGCUUGCAGCUGAACUGGUCGAAUCUGGUUUCACGGAAACGAAAAGUAAACUAAUAAACAUUGCAGAGUUGCCCCAUCUUUGCCGUCUCUUCAUGCCACAACACUUGUUGGCGGUGUUCUUUUUUUGAGGGGGUAUCCUAAUUUCAUGUACCUUUUCGAACAAAAGACCAAACACAAAAUAAAAGUUGUUUAAAUAAAAA